AUGGCGAACGACGCUGAGCGGCAACCACUGCUGCAGCCAGCAGCGACACAUCCACGAGACGGAGACAUCAAUGAUGUCAACUCGGAUUGCACAGUCGAACCGCCAGACACGGCCAGCGCCUGGGCCGAAGCACAGCUAUCAACCAAGCUCCCCACUGCAGUGCUGAGCUUCCUCAUCACCGGACUCGCCCAAUCGGCCCGGCUUCAUGUUAAGUUCGGACGACGGGGCAUAGCUGUCCUGGGACCGGCGUUGAGGACGUUGAGCGCUGCUAUCCUCAUCUGUGCUCCCCCAUUCCCGGUCUUCCUGUUUGGCAGCUUUAUCUUUGGCCUCGGAACUGGCUUCACAGAUUCGGGAUUGAUGGCUUGGGGAAGCGGCGUACCAUACGCGAACAUGGUCCAAGGCGCCAUGCAUGGGACUUGGUCCGUCGGCUGCGUGAUCGGACCAUUGCUUGCUGUUCGUAUCUCGCGGAAGUGGCACUGGUAUGGCUAUUAUCGACUGCUGGGCGUGUGCUACCUUCUCGAGUUGCUCGCUCUGGCAAUCGCAUUCCGUCGUGAUAACGCGACGAGAUACGUCGAGCACAAAGCGAAGCCAGAAACUACCGAGUCUGACCAGCCCAAGUACAAUCCGCUCCGCUCGAAGCUCCCCUGGCUCUGCGCUCUAUACUGGUUCGCCUACUGCAGCAUGGAGUCCUGUUACGGCGACUGGAUCGUCACUUACACGAUCAACGUUCGUCAUGUCGAGAGAGAAGUCGCUGCACGGGCUGCCUCGGUCUUCUGGAGCGGAAUGUGUAUCGGCCGCUUCACCCUGUCGCCAAUCACGCAAUAUAUUGGCAUCCGGUCUGCUGUGCUGGGAUACAUUCUCAUAUCCUUGGCUGCUCAAGCUACUCUGCGGGGUGUCGAGAACACUACAACGUUCUUCAUCGUUCUGGCUUUCAUAGGAGCUUUCUUUGGUCCAAUCUUCCCAUCCGGAGUUGUGUUGCUGGGCCAGAAGCUGCCGCUGGAGUUUCAUGUGCAGGCUGUCUCUGCUGCUGCGGCGCUAGGUCAGAGUGGAGGCGCCACUGCGCCGCUGCUUGUGGGCUACAUCGCUGAUGCGUUUGGGAUUGGGAGACUGUUGGACGUGGUCAUUGUCUUCACGGUUGUCCUCAUUGGGCUUUGGAUCCUUUUCUGUCGCUCGGCUGUGGACUGA